AAGAGGGCGUGGGAGAGCUGGCCCGGCUGGAGCCACCCAAACCCGGCUGCGAGCCCCUCUACCUGUACGACAGCCAGGACUGGGUGGUGUUGCCUCGCUGCUCGCCGGAGGAGGCCAGCGCCAUCUCGCCCAUGCUGGCUGAGGAGACCUUCCGCUACAUGACAUUCCUCGCACUGGAACCCUCCUCCUUAUCCCAUCCUGGCUCUCGCAGCCUCUCCCAAGUUCUCAGCGCUGACAGGGUGGAGCAGAUGACGAAGACCUACAAUGACAUUGACGUGGUGACACACCUGCUAGCUGAGAGGGACCGGGACCUCGAGCUAGCUGCGCGGAUUGGUCAGUCUCUGCUGCAGAGAAAUCACGUGCUGCAGGAGCGCAAUGAGGCCAUUGAGGAACAGCUAACACAGGCCCUGGACCAGGUGCACCAGCUGCAGCAUGAGCUGGGGAAGAAGGAGGAGCUCCUCCGCAUGGUGGCCAGCGCCUCGGAGGAGAGCGAGACCGACUCCAGCUGCUCCACGCCGCUGCGCCACAGCCAGCCCCCGGGCGCCGCGCUCCCCCUCAGCCAGCUGGAGGCGCUGCAGAGCAAGCUGCAGGAGCUGGAGGAGGAGAACCUCGCGCUGCGGUCUGAGGCGUGCCACCUGAAAUCGGAGACCAUCUCGUACGAGGAGAAGGAGCAGCAGCUGGUCAACGACUGCGUGAAAGAGCUCCGCGAAUCUAACAGCCAGAUGGCGGUGCUGACGGACGAGCUGUCGAAGAAGAACGAGGACUUGCUGCGGCACCAGGAGGAGAUGGCCCAGCUGCUCACCCAGAUGGUGGAGCUGCAGCACCGGGUCAAGCAGCUGGCCUUGGAGAAGGAGGAGCUGAGGAUUCACCUACAGGCUUCUAAAGAUGCUCAGAGGCAGCUCACUGCAGAGCUGAACGAGCUGCGGGACAGGAACGUGGAGUGCGUGGGGAUGCUGCACGAGUCGCAGGAGGAAGUGAGGGAGCUGCGCAGCAGGAGCACCCCCUGCGCAGGCAUGCGCAGACACAUGUCCUAUGGGCUGUUUCCCAUGGAUUCCCUGGCAGCUGAGAUUGAGGGCACCAUGAGGAGAGAGCUGAGCUUGGAAGAGGAGCAGGACCAAAAGAAUUCGCAGAAACGCGUGUUCCAAACUGUGCGUUCCGUCAACGAUUUGGUGCGGGCCCACACCACCCGCCCCAUUCCUGGCUCCGCCCACAGCAGCGUGGUAAUGACUGCGCAGCCCUUCCGGUCCUGCCUGCCGCCUGCGCAGAUGUGCAGCGGGGAGGAUCCCGCUCCCAACAACAACAGCAAGGAGGGGCCACGCCUGGGACAGCCCGGCUCACCAGGAGGAAGUGACCUCGUCUCUGCGCUUCGCCGCCUCACGCUGCGGCGGCAGAACUUCCUGUCCGAGCGGCAGUUCUUCCAGGCGGAGCGGGACAGGAAGCUGCAGGCGCUGGCGCGGGCGGGGCAGGGGGAGGGGGAGGGGCCGGAGGCCGGCGAGGGGAGCGGCCGCGCCUCCCCCGACGGCAGCAUCGUCUCCUGCAUCACCAGCAUGUCGGACCUCUCCGCAGCCUCCAGCUUCAAGAACUUCCUGCCGGAGAAGCUGCAGAUCGUCAAGCCCAUGGAAGGCUCCCUCACGCUGCACCACUGGCAGCAGCUGGCCCAGCCGCACCUGGCCACCAUCCUGGACCCUCACCCGGGCGUGGUCACCAAAGGGUUCCGCCCCCUGCCCCAGGACGCCGUGUACAGCCUGGCCGACCCCGAGGAGGACGAGGACGAGGACGAGCGGAGGGGGACGGGGGCGUGCCAAAAACGGAGGGAGGGGAAAGAGGAGGAGGAGGAGGAAGAGGAGGAGGAGGGAGGCAUCACCUUCCAGGUGCGCUGCGCCUCCACACCAGAGGAUAAGAGGGAGAGGAAGAAUGAGAGGGUACCUGUCUGCUCCCUCGCGAAUGUACCGCCACCGUCUCCACCUCCCCGGGCCUCUCCAACCCUGCCUUCAGGCCCUGCUGCCCCCUGCAUCCCCUCCGCCCCCCAGCGGACCAAGAGUCAGAUUCUCAGCACAACAGCUCCCUCUCCUGCUCAUAAUCCAGGGAAGUGUCUGAGCUCCACCUUCUCCACCUACACCUUCACCACCUGCCGCAUCCUGCACCCAUGUGACGUCACUCAGGUCACGCCAAGCUCUCUGUCGUCGGUGUCGGAGAACACACCCAGCUCCCUGCGCACAGGCCCCAGUACGCCCGUCACGCCCUGUCGGCUCAGCCUGGGCGACUCCUUCCCCCCCCGCCGUGUCACAGCCCCCCGCGGCCUGGCCCAGCUGUUGCUGGAGAAGGGGAUCUCCGCCCAGGUCUCCGCCGAGGGCGACCCCCCGAAACGCACCCCGUCCCAGCCCCCCAGCACCCCGCCCAACUCGCCCUCCCACUCGCCCUCGCCCUCGCCGGUACCCUUCGAGACGCGCCCCCCCUCCUCCGACAACUUCCUGGCCUCGCGGCCGGCCGAGCUCUUCCUGCAGGACGUGUACGGUCUGAAGCUGAGCCGGGGGCGCCCGGAGUUCCCCAGCCCCGCCCCGCCCCCCUCGCUCGCCGGAGCGCCGGAGCGCGGCGCCGUCGGGUUGGCGGAGCAGCUGCGGCGGCUGGGGUUCGCCGGAGUGCCGCGGGGGGCGGAGGCAGGAGGGGCGCGGCGCCCCGACUCGGCCACCCUACUGCCGACGGGCGGGGCGAGCCUAUUGGACGGACUGCGCCGGAACCAGAGCCUUCCCGCCAUGGCGGGCGGGCGGGGUCAGGCCGGGUCCAGCCCCUCUCGGCCAGCCCUGCCCCCCCACCCCACUUCGCUGGCGAUUCCCACACCCCCCUGGGGCAGCCUGAAGGGGCCCGUUGUUAGCUCCUCUUCUUCCUCCUCCUCCUCCUCUUCCUCUUCGCAGGUCCCACCCCCUCACAAAGCCUGAGCGGCAGGAUACAGACUGAUUCAGGAGGGUGAGGGGUGGGGCUGGGAUCAGUGGGAAUAUCCAGCACUGACAGCACCUUGAAGACUGACCCCAAUCUCCCCCCAAACU